CUCUGGGUUAAUCUGAUUAUGGACACCCUUGGAGCGCUAGCAUUGGCUACUGAACCACCAACAGAUCAUCUUAUGCAUAGGCCUCCAGUUGGUCGAAGGGAGCCUCUUAUAACUAAUAUCAUGUGGAGGAACCUGUUAAUACAGGCUUUUUAUCAAGUGUCUGUAUCACUUGUCCUCAAUUUCCGGGGGAGGAGUAUACUAGAUUUGGAGCAGGACAACAUUGAGCAUGCGAACAAAGUGAAGAAUACAUUGAUAUUCAAUGCUUUUGUCCUCUGCCAGGUCUUUAAUGAGUUUAAUGCUAGAAAGCCGGACCAGAAAAAUAUUUUUAAAGGGCUUACUAAAAACCCUCUCUUUAUUGGAAUAGUGGGGUUCACCGUUGUUCUUCAGGUUAUGAUCAUUUUCUUUCUUGGGAAAUUUACUUCUACAGUUAGACUGAAUUGGCAACAAUGGCUGAUUUCGAUUGUUAUUGCUGCUAUCAGUUGGCCUCUUGCUGUAGUUGGAAAGCUGAUACCUGUUCCCGAAACUCCAUUGCAUGAGUUCUUUACAAGAAGUCGUGGAAAGAGAAAUUCUGAGAGUUACGCACUGAAGAUUUCUUGCUGUAGUAACAUCAGUUUGUACUUUUCAACUUUGCUGACUGAGUGGGUUAUUCCGGACGUACCUUCUUACCUUCUCAAAUUUAUACAACAGAGUUGCAAGGGCCAAGGAGUUUGAUAUAACUUCAGCUUACCAUCUUUAGAUGUCCACUACUAACAACAUGACUAACAAAAGAAGUGGCCUCUGUUAAGCCAUCUACCCAUCGGUUUUUUUUUUUUUUUUUUUUGGUGUUUGGGUUUUCAUGCAGUUUUUUUUUGUUGGUAUGCUGUUAGAUUCAGACCAAUGAAUUCAUGGGAGGAAGGCUUUUUUCUUAUGUACAAAAUUGACGACUCUUUAAUACAUAAUAUGUUAAUGGUGUGAUUAUGUUUUCUUUU